CCUAAAAGCAGGAAGGGAGACCUAAAUCAGAUACUCCCACCCUUAGAGAAAACGGCGCACCUUCAUUCCCUCUUUCUUCUCCAUUUCUUCUUCAUCUGCUACACAGAAAAGAGUUUGAUUUCUUUGUUCAAAUUUCAUCUAAGCUACUGUCAUUUCUGUUUUCGAUGUACUUGGAGUAACUUUUACUCAUAUGGAGUUUAUUUGAAGUAUUUGGAAUGAGUUUGAGGUCUAUCCGAUUUCGAGCUUUCCGGCGCCGUUCGAGUUUUGUUACUGGUUCUCGGUCCUUGCUCGAUUUUGGUAGCUACUGUUUUUUUUUUAAAAUUUUCCUUUCGAGUUCAAUCGUCGGAAUUCUCAUUAAGUUGUAAUCAUCGGAGAUUCACAUAUAUAAAGGAAGCUUAUUGAGUAGGCAAGCAUUGCAGUGUAAAAACCCAUGGUUUCUUAGGUCUGCAAGCUUUAAUUUUGAGAAAACAUAAAGCCUGUUAUUUGACGGAGCGGUUAACUGCUUGGGAGGAUAAAACGAAUAAUCAGGGGAAAGGAAAAGAAGAAUGGGACGAAAGACGUCAAAAAAGCAUACUGGAUUUGAUGCUGAUAAUACUAUUGAAAGUGUAUCGGGAGGAAACACCUAUGACAAUGAUAGAACUCGUAAGCCCAACCAGGCAACCCCUGUUCCACAGACAUCAUUUCUCAGACAGCAGAUUGAUCCUGAGACUGCAAAAUAUUUUGCGGAGAUUGCUAAUGCCAUAGAAGGUACAGAAAUUGACCCGGAGGAGCGGUCUGUCAUUUGUGGAAAUGCAUUGGAAGAAACAAGAGGGAAAGAAGUAGAACUUGCAACUGAUUAUAUAAUAAGCCAUACUUUGCAAACUCUACUUGAAGGUUGUUCUUUGGAUCACCUUUGUAGUUUCCUUCAGAGCUGUGCAAAGAAUAUCUCUCAUAUUGCAGCUGAUAGAUCAGGCUCUCACGUGGUCGAAACGGCUUUAAAAUCUCUAUCUUAUCACCUUCAGGAAAAUGAGAACCAUUCUCUGAUUGAACAAGCUUUGACUAAACUUUGUAAGGCAAUUGUUGUGAAUCCUGUCGAUAUAAUGUGCAACUGCCAUGGAUCUCAUGUGCUUCGGAGUCUUCUUUGCCUACUUAAAGGGGUGCCUUUAGAAGAGUUCCAUUCCACAAAGUCAUCAGUUGUCUUGGCUGAACGCUUGAAUCUCAAGGCGCCUCAUGCAAAAGACAAUGGCUCAUUGCAGUCUCAGCAAAUAUUUCCUAAUUUGCUUAAAGAUUUUGUAUCAGAGAUGUUAAAUGUUGCCAGUGAAGACAUUUCAAAACUUCAAACUAAUCAAUACAGCAGUUUAGUUCUGCAGACUGCUUUGAAAUUAUUUGCUGGAAAUGAACAGGAAUUGUUGCAUUUAAUUCGAGUUCUUCUUGGGAGCAGCGCUGAAAGUGCCAAUGCUGGAAACUUGUUAGAAGGAAAAACCAUACGAAACAUUUCAAGGCUAGUGGAAGAAACUGCAUACAGUCAUUUGAUGGAGGUCAUCCUGGAAUUUGUUCCUGAAACAUUGUACAGUGAGUUGUUAACAAAAGUUUUCAGGAAGUCAUUGUUUCGAAUGUCAUCUCAUCACUGUGCGAACUUCGUUGUGCAGGCUUUAGCAUCUCACGCCAAAAGUGAGGAUCAUAUGGACUUGAUCUGGGAGGAGCUUGGAACAAAGUUUCAUGAUCUUUUCGAAAUGGGAAAGUCUGGAGUUGUUGCUUCUGUCCUUGCUGCAACUCAAAGGCUCCACAGUCAUGAACAUGAGUGUUGUCAGGCCAUUGCUUCCGCUGUAUGCACAGGGGAUGAGUUUCCCAAGUGUAUCAUCCCCCGAAUAUUAUUUCUUGAAAAUUUCUUUUGCUCAGGUGACAAAUCUAACUGGAGUUGGCCACACGGAACAAAGAUCCAUGUAGUUGGAUCUCUUAUUCUGCAGUCAAUAUUUAGACUUCCCAGUGAACUCAUACAGGUCUAUAUUACUAGUAUCACAUCUUUGGAAGAGCAUCAUGUUCUUGAGGCAUCGAAAGAUCCUAGUGGUUCGCGGGUCAUUGAAUCUUUCCUCAACUCGAAUAUAUCGGCAAAGCAAAAGCGGAAGUUAGUUGCCAAGCUUCGAGGACAUUUUGGUGAGCUCUCAGUGCACCCAUUUGGUUCAUUUACAGUUGAAAAGUGCUUCACUGCUAGUAACUUGUCUCUGAGAGAAACAAUAGUGUCGGAAAUGUUACCUCUCCAAUCAGAGCUAUCCAAGACUAAGCAGGGGCCUUACCUACUGAGGAAAUUCUAUAUUGACGGAUUUGCAAGGCAACCUGAUCAGUGGAAGUCGAGACAAGCUUCACAACAAUCUGCGCUCAAAGAAUUUUAUGCUACAUUCGGACCAAGGGAAACCAAAUCACUUGUAAAGGAGAACUUUCUUGCUGAUACUCAUUCCAAACCAAAGCAAGAAAAAUUGAAAGACAUUAGGAAAGAGAUCGAGCCGACUUUGUCUUCUGCCAAAACUUCCAAUACCCCCUUUUUGGCUCAUCAGGUUUCCAAAAAAGUGAAAAGGUCGAAAGAUGAGAAGAAAAGGCAUAGGAAAGAUGGUCAAUCAGAAUCUCAAAGAAAGAGGACUAAAGUUUAACUGUAAUGUUUAUAGGUUCUUUAUUCAAUUUUACGUUACUGUGAAUGAUCAGUUUUGGUCACUUUUUGUUGUUUGAUCAGAAAGGCAUGGAACUUCUAUUGGAUGCCGAGUACACUUGAAUUUAGUUGUUCAUGCGAUCUUUGAUUUUUAUUUAAAUGCUACAUUGCUAAGUUUAAAA